AUGCCUCGAGGUCGCAGUCAUGGACGUGGGCACGGCGGGCGUGGUAGAGGACCGGCAGGGGCGCCAGAAGCCGACCCCGGCGACGAGAUAGUGUCAUCCUCUCCGCAGCCUCUCGACGCUGAGGCGGUCGUGAGGGUGCUCUCAACGAUGCGCGGUCGCGGUGCACGCGGCAGGGAACGGGGUCGAGGCCGACUAGGACGUGGCAGCACUACCGGUGGUGCGCGUGGCGAACGUGGCCGCGGGGCGGUGUCCCUCGAGAGCGUCAGCGGCACCUCAGAGGCCUCGAAGUUGGUGAGCACCGUUAUCCAUUCGACUCCGUCUGCGCCGUCGACGCUGGAAGCGUCUUCACUGGCUGCGUCGCCAGCAGCACCUGUCGUCGUCGUCGUGCCGCAGGGUCGCAUGAUUACUCGCUCUCUCCUACGCGGCACCGCCUCUCUGCUCCUAGACAGCGACAGCGAUGCCACCGGUAGCCCACUAGCGCUGCCGCUCAACGGCCGGCGCCGGCGACGGACGGAAUCUGCGGCGGCCAACGCAUCGUCUUUCUUACCUAACUCGCCUGCACCACGGGAUGGCACGCUCGGUAGCUCUGCGCUCGCCUCUACCCGCAUCUCCUCUGCCUCCUCUCCCGCCUCCGCGCUGGCGGGCGACACGGCGGCUACGGCCGACAGCAGCGGCAGCGGCCUCUCUCCCCUCUCACAGCGCGUCGUCAUCGGAGGCCUACUGCGGUGUGUUUGCAAUGCCUUCCUCGUUUCGCCUAGUGAGAUACUGCUGGAGUGCUGCCGGUGCCGCAACUGGUGCCACUCCGCCUGCGUCGGCGUCGACCACGAAGAGCUGCGCCUGCGCCAACGGCAACGGGACUUUCUCUGCCCAUUCUGCACAGAGACGGCCACGCCGGCUUCCGCGCCGACAGGUGCAUCCAGCACCGCGGCAGACUCCCUGCCCACCGAGCCGCGCGCCUUCUCAUCGCCGCCGCUGCCGCCGCCGGGGUCGCAGAAGCCGACCUCCAUCACGACGUCCUUGGGCGAGUCCGUCAAGGUCCUCUUCAGCCCAGCCGCAGCGGUGGUCACAGCCGUGAAUGGCUUAGCUGUUGCUCAAACGGGCGGUAGUAGUGGCACGGGAGACGCUACCGUAGCCGCUACGUCGGCGCUGCCUGUGCUGCCCCCAACCUCCACAAGCGGCUCUUCUUCGUCGAGCUACCCCUUGCUGAGUCGGCAGCCUCCGGCGCCACGCCAGCUGCCGCUAAAGCUGCGCGAGGUACCAGAUCGAUCCCCGCUUGCGCCACUCGCCGAUGAGCUGCGGCGCCUCAUCCGCAUGAUCGAAAACACGGCUCAUCAGCUAGGCUACAACAUGCUGCACCUGCCCGCGCACACGCUCACGGAGCAGCAGGUGGCUGAGUGCCUAGGGUGCUGCGCGGAGGCCAUCCAAGACGCCACCUUCUCGGCCGACUACCCGGCCUACUGCCUGAAAGAGGUGCAAAAUCGCCGGCACCCGUACGUGCAAGGCAUCGCGCUCCAGUCACAGGCCAAUGGACGCAUCUGCUCCCUCAUCCUGUCCAGCGGCCGAGACCUCUAUGGCAACCUCAAGCCCACGAUCACACAGCUCAAGAGCUCACUACAGCGCGGCCUCCUCGAGCCGUCCGCACUGACGCCAUUCAUGGCGCAGUGCAUGGCCAUCGCGGAUGUGGCCGACUUUGUGCACAUCACACUAAGCGCCACACAUGCCCAGCAUCAGCGCAAGGGUCUGGCGCGACUUCUGAUGACGAUGGAGCUGCUCAAGUGGAGCCUGCGGGGCCGCCACCGCGCGUUCCUCAACAUGGCCAUCGAAAAGCACCUCGUGGACGGCGGCAGCCGGAUCGAGUUUGCGUCGCCAGUCGCGUCGAAGCGGCUCUACGAGUCCUUCGGCUUUGUUGAGGUAUACCCACGCUACGACCCAGUGACCAAGAAAGAGCGCUGGACCGCGAAGGAGGCGGACAUGGGGCGCGUGAUGGCCAAUUUGAACUUCGUCGAUCAUGUGCGUGCCGUGGCGGAGGCCAUACCAGCCAAGUACAAUGUCAGCGGGAGCCCCAACGGUGACGGCGUGGGUCAUGGAGGCGGGAAGGGUAUGGACGAGAGCGCUGAAGAAAGGAAUUCGAUCGCAAGCGGAAAUGGAGCCGGCCGCUCCCGAUCGGGCUGGCGCGCCGGCAACACGCGCAAGCGCGGUGACAGUGCUGCCUCUAACGGUGGAGAUGACAGCGACUCGGAGCAGCGCAAUGGUGAUUCGAGCUGCACCAAGAAUGACCCAGGAAAAUGA